AUGGACGCCCUGUUCGCGGCCGCGGCCUCCUGCCCGCCACCGACGCCAUUCCCAGCGACCUUCUCGUCCCGAUCGCCCGACCCGGUCUUCGUCCUCCCGACCCCGACCCGCGACGGCGUCUGUGCCCCAUCUGGCUAUCCUCCUCCCUACCCCGACGCCCUCCUCCUCGACCGCAUCCCCGCGCCACAGCAUGGCCUUCCCCUCCUCGAUGCACAAAAGCCCCCUCCGUGCCCUCUCCCCUACCAAGCACCACCCCUCAUCUCCCACCACCCCCACCCAAUGGCCAUCCCCAUCUCAUCCUACUACUCCUACGCCCCUGGUGCCGAGAGCCCCGACUCCGACCGCGGCGGACGCGAGCCCUCGCCCCCGCCCUCCUCCCGCGCCAAGGACACAUCCAAGCGCACGCACCAGUGCUGGAUGUGCCACAAGGCCUUUGACCGCCCUAGCACCCUCAAGAAGCAUCUCCUCGUCCACACCGGCGAAAAAGCCUUCGUUUGCCCGUGCUGCAAACGCCGCUUUGGUGUAGCCUCCAACCUCACCCGCCACAACAAGACCUGCCGCGCCGCGCAGCCCUCCUCCUCCUCCUCAAACACGUCCACCACCCUCGCGGACGACGCCGCGUCCACCGCCGCGACCUCCGACACCGCCUCCACCCCCUCACCUGUCCCCGCCUCCGUCUCCCGCCCGUGCGCCCCGAGGAAACGCAAGUCCGAGUCCGAGGACCCGAGCGAGCCCCCGAGCGCCGACCCAGCCCUCCCUCCCUCCUCCGCCCAAUCCCAACCCCGCCCCCGCCCCCACUCCCACCCGUCCCACCCGCCCCCGACGCAGCGCAAACGCGCCCGCCGCGCGCCCUCGCCCUCGCGCUGGGUGCCCCCCAGCCUCUCCGCCUUCGACCUCACCCCGCUCACGAGCGACGCCCCGAUGCCGCUCCCGCCCGUGCACCCGUUCGGGUGCGCGAACGCCUCGCCCGCGUACGAGGAGCGCGACUCCUUCGACGAGUCCGCCGACCCCCACCCGUACGCCGCCCGCGGCUGGCGCGGCCGCCUCCCGGGCCCCGGUCUCCUCGCCGCCAACGUCACCAACACGAGCGGCGGCCAGCUCGUCAUAUUCUGA